AAUCAGCUGGCAGGAACAUCCCAACAUGUUUUAGGUUUCGAACUCAAAGCAGAGGGGCGUUUGAAGAAGAAGAAAACGUGAACUGUAACGUUUUCUUAAAGAAGAGAAACAAUUAGCUCAGCAGAGGUGGCUUGUUUAACUUUUCGUGUUUUGUUGUUUUGCACUAAACGUACGUUUCAGGACAAAUGAGUAUAAAUAAGCUAGCAGGGGUUGUUUUGGGUUCAGUGUUUUUCUUUUAAAAGUUAUUUUCGAAAACUUACUCGGUUCAGCAGAGGUUUAAAUUUGCGUGACUCGAUCCUGGAGCUCGCGUGGUGGAUGUUUUGGAUACAAUGAUGGAGGUUGCUUCCAAAGGAAAGGCCAAGCGGAAGCACCUAAGUGCCGGGGACUGUAAACAGCUGGCACAAAAUGCAGACUCUCUUACCCAACCCCACACUUCCAACCACGGGCUGAGACACCAUGACCACAACCAAAGGCUUCACCCCAGGACCCCCAGAAAACGACAGUGUUCUGCUGCUCCUGCCUCCCAAAGCCCCUCUGGGAAGCAGAGAGCCAUCAACGACUACUACUGUGUGUCCAAAGUAAUCAGUUCCAGUCCUCAAAAGUCCUCUCUGCCUUCCACGUCUACAGUUCCUAAAGAAGGCUCUAAGUUGGUGGAAGAAGAACAAGAUGAUGAUGAUGAGAGCCUGUUGUCUACCCCGUUGGAGUAUGAGCCAAAGGCAGAAGAUGAGGUCGAUGACGACUGUCUGCUAGCUGCAGAGAACUGUCCCUUUGAAGAGGCCAGCGCGUCAGGUGCUAGGAUGAUACCUGAGCGUGAUGGGAAGGCAGAGGACUAUCUGGAGGGGAUGACAGCUGAAAUGUUUGGAGCUGAUGGGGAAUUUGAUGAAUGCUGUAACCAAGAGGAAGAGGUGGAGCCCCUUCCUGAUGCUCACUUUGGGCUCCUGGGGAGCAGCAAGGCCCUGCUCCAGCCACAGGGCUGCAUGGAUGACCUUCCAGAGGAGGUGCUGAGGCAGGUGCUGUGUCAGGUUCCUGCUGCCGACCUCUAUCGGAACGUCAGCCUCGUGUGCCACCGGUGGAGGAACAUCGUUCAGGAUCCCACGUUUGUGCCUUUUAAGAAACAAUACUUUCGCUACACGAUGAGAGAGAAGGAGAUGGUGCUGGAGGUCAACGCCACCCUGAGGAACAGUAACAUAAGAGGGCCUCCUCCUUCAGAGCACAGCCUACGGAACCUCGUGGUUUUAAUGGCUCAGCAUAAAGCCAGGGAGCGCGUGAGACCAGAGGAUGUUCUGGAGUGUGUUAAGAAGCACCGCCUCUUCCCGCAGGCUGAAGCCUCCAUCAGAUUACGUAUUCCUGACAUCAAGAAGUUUCUUCACCUUGACAUUGAGGGUCCCAACCCAUAUGCAGCCAUGGCUGUGAUACUGAUCCUCAGCGAGUGCGUGGGGGACGUCCAGGCCUUGGUGUCCCUGCUCUCUGGCUGCAUGUCACAAACAUCCAUCACAGAGUACCUUAGCCUUAUGGCCAUGAUGCUGCUGGCUUUGGAGAGGAACGGGAUUCACAUUAGCAACCGGUACCACCUACCACACCCAUGUGUUUGGACCUCAUUUUAUUUUCAUUCAGCUGUAAUUUCUCUUGGUUUUCACAUCCUCUCCAGGUUGCAUUACAACAUCUACUAUGUGCUUCACCUGCUGGAAAAUGGACCCUUUUCUGUCAGUUCUGAUCAGACUGGGUGUCCUCAGGUUCAGCUCACACGAGAGCAGCAGCAAAUCCUGAGUCAUGACAUCCAGCCCGAGCACGUGGUCAAGAUCAUAGCGUUUGCAGGAACCGGGAAAACGACCACUCUGAUAAAAUACGCCGAGCUGCGGCCGCACAUCCGGUUCCUCUACGUGGCGUUCAACAGCUCGGUGGCCUCUGAGGCUCGACGUCGCUUCCCCAGCAACGUGGACUGCAAGACCGUCCACUCGUUAGCUUACCGUGACGUUGGCUGGAGAUACAAACCAAAGAUGACUCCUAACCUGUAUCCGUUCUCCAUCAACUUUGCCCUGCCGGCGGGACGCGGAGGCUUCGUCAGAGCUAAAGUGAUCGCUACAACUCUCAGUGCUUUCAUGGCUUCAGCAGACCCGACCAUUAGCACCAGACACGUCCCCUUUGACUACGUCACUCACAAAGGCCGCCGGACGGUCAUCGAUUCUGAAAACCAGCAGUUGUUUGCCCAAGAUGCACAAACCAUCUGGGGCAAAAUGACAGACAUCAAUGAGAAAUCGAAGCGGGCUUAUUACAUGACCCACGAUGGUUACAUGAAGCUAUGGCAGCUCAGUAAACCAAAGCGACGCCUGUCGGACCAAUACGAUGUGAUCUUCCUGGAUGAGGCUCAGGACUGCACACCUGCCAUCAUGGAUGUGCUGCUGUCCCAGCGCUGUGGGAAGAUCCUAGUUGGAGAUCCACACCAGCAGAUCUACACCUUCAGAGGAGCCGUCAAUGCCCUAACUACUGCUAGCCACACCCACAUCUUCUACCUCACACAGAGCUUCCGGUUCGGCGCAGAGAUCGCCUACGUGGGCGCCACCAUCCUCAAAGUGUGCAAGGGGGUUCAGAAGAUUCUUGUUGGAGGAAAGCAGGAGGGCGGAGUGUGUGAUGAGAUGGCUAACAAGGCGCUGGAGGCCAUGAGGACGGGAGUAAGUUCAGCUAGAGGGAAGAUCGGCAUCCUGUCCAGAUGCAACUCCGGCGUCUUUAAAGGAGCAGUGCAGCUCACAGAUGCUAACCCGAACUGUCGCGUCCACUUCAUCGGGGGAGUGGAAAACGCUGGGCUGGACAAGAUCAUGGACGUCUACCAUCUGAUGACUCAGGAGAACAAGAACGAGAAAUCAAGAUUGAUCAAAGAUGCAAUCAUUCGGUCAUUUUCCAUGAGAGAAGACUGCGCCUUCCUGGCCUUUAAGAAGUACGUCACACAAACCGAUGACAAGGAGCUGGACGGGAAAGUGAUCAUUGUGGAGAAAUACCAAAAGCGCAUCCCUGAACUGGUGGCCCGGCUGAAAGGUUGCUCCGAAGUCAGCUUACAUGAAGCAGACUUUACCGUGGGGACUGUCCACAAGGCCAAAGGUUUGGAGUUUGACACUGUGAUCAUUAAUGAUGACUUUGCCUAUAUCCCGACGUCUGGACACAACCUCAGCCGAGUUCCCGACUUCUCAUUCUCUAGGAUUCCUGCUGACGAGUGGAACCUGCUGUAUGUGGCGGUGACUCGGGCCAGAACCUCCCUAGUCCUGACUAAGAACAUCCUGCGAAUCCUCACGGUGGCCAAAGAAUACUUCCUCACAUCUCGGGUUUCCAUGGAGGCCGGCAGUGCUCCUCUCCCAUGCUCCAUCUCCGACUGUCCCAACUGCAUCACACCCGGGUCGGCGUUCACCAUGUCCAAACAAAGCUUUAAAUGCACCGACCGGGUGACUAGCAGCGGCCCGCUGUGUGAGAAGUGUGUUUGGACCCGGAUCGGUCCCACAGCCUUCCUCAUGACCGACGAGGUGUUCUCAAUGGCCGACAGACCAGAGCGUCUGGAGCCGCCCAUCCACUAUCCGUUUUUCAUGGCUCUUUUCUUCUAACUCCCUAAUAAAAACCACCCUGAUGAUGUGGUCUGGGAAACAGAGUCAUGUGACAUUGACCUAAACACCAGGAUGUAAAUGCCCAGGAAUCAUAGUUGGUCAUCAGAAAAGUGACUAAGAGUUUUUGUACUUUGUUUUUAUAACAGAUUAGAGAUGUUUGCACAAAAUCUUUUAUUUGUAUAGUCUGUUACAUGUUGGCUAUUUUAACUCCUAAUUGCACAGUGUUACUGGACUUGAAAAAGGAACGCUUUUGUUGGUUUGUCUUAAAUCUGGGAGUUUUAGCGGCGAUUUCCUUAGGAAAUGUAGCUAUUUUGACAAUUUUACAACUUUGUUUACUUUUCAACUGAAGUGUGUAAUAAAUGUUGAUGCUAGUUUAGUGAAUCAAAGUUUAGAAUGUGUUCAUCACGAAACAGACCCGCUAACCAUCAGCCUCCACUUACUCUAACGAUGUUGAAACAGCAGAGCUGACACAGAACACUCAUUUACACUGAGCAUGAUUUCCUGCUUUUAUCCAGUGAGGAACUCAACCACUUCCACUAUUGUGGGUAGCUAACAGACCUUUAGCGAGUGGAAAAAAGGAACACAUUGAUGUCAAACCUGUGAAGUCAGACCUUGUAACUGCAUGUAAAGCUUUGAUAUACCCAACUGCAGGAUCUACUCUGGUUCCAGUUUCUACAGAGAACAGAUGCAUUACAUGGACCCACACCGGGCCUACAGCCUUCAACAUGAUUAAGCAUACAUCCACUGUCUGUUUCUGUUCUCACAUUGAAAUAAAAAACCUUUGUGUUGUUUCAGCUAAGGAAACACCUAGGAUA